GUCAAACGCCAUACUAUGCGUCGUUCACAAAUCAGCUGUAGCUUCUCUGUAGUCUAUAUAACCAGUCUGUAAACUGAUUAUAUGUUUUUACCAGACACCGAUUGAUGAUUUAAACGUACAAAGCAUUAGAUAUGAAUAGUUCAUGAUCUGAAAUGUGUCGUUGUCGUUGAACUUUUGUUUAAACCACACCCCAACCCAGUUUUAACAGGUGAGGUCACGUCAGCUGCCGUCACUAUACCUGUACUGUGGCUCGCCAGGACACACUGGAUGCCAUGGCUGCGCCUUUACCACAUGACAGCAUUAAUGCAACAUUGGACUGGUUCACUGAAUUCCAGCGCAGCUGCAUUUUGAAGAAUGGAAUUGUUCCAGAAUGGUUCCAUGGGAUAAUAUCCAGGAAGGCUGCAGAGGAAAUGCUGAUGUUCAAACCUCCUGGUUACUUCCUUAUCCGUGUUAGCGAGAGCAGGGUGGGUUAUACAUUAACUUAUCGAGCUGAAGAUCGCUGCAGACACUUCAUGAUUGACGUAUUGCCAGAUAACCAGUACAUUAUAGUGGGAGAAAAGACACACUUCUGCUCCCUUCAUGACUUGGUGGCCUUUCAUCGUAGAAACAUCAUUCUCCCCUACAAUGACUUGCUCACUGUGGCCUGCGAACAGGGUGACAAAAAUAACUACGCUGAGUUGUUGUUUCCUCAAAAGAAAGAUGUAAAACCUGGAAAGGUUGAACGGAUACAUUUUUCAACUCCAACACAUACAGCUCAUUCAAAUAUCGCUGAACACAACCCGACUUCGCCGCUCCAAAACGAAUCAUUUACGCUACCUACAAGUCCUUCUGCGAGACUGUAUCCCAGCUUGGAGAUGGAAUUGAGCUCUUUGAAUCUACAGAGUGUGGAUCAGCCAAAAAAGCCUAUUCUAAAGCCUAGAACAAUAUUUAUGUCCAAACCACCAAAUGACACCACCACAGGUGACACUCCACCACAGUUACCACCCAGAGCAAGCUUGCCAAAUCGUCUGCAAGCUACCGCAGAGGCUGACAGAUCGCAAGGGCUGUUGCCGGUAAGCUCUGACAGACAUCAGAUCCCACCCGACAAACCUGUUGAAGGCCGUACCCAACAGAAAAACCAACAACCAUUGAAACCGGUGGCCAUGGGCCUGGCGCAAAUUAAAAAAAAGCUUAAAAAGAACCGCUCCAAGGAUCACAUGUAUGAGGAGAUCGUUCAAGAUGCGUGUCAGGAAAUUGCAACUUUUCCUGCUUUGGAGAGCAGUAACAUGAACCCUAAACAAUUGGAGGAAAAUGAAUAUCAGGAGAUACCCGAAAAAUCCACAAAUGUUGGCCGUCGGGCAUCUGAUGGGAUUCUCAACUUCACAGAUAGAGAAUUACCACGGGAGUACCUAAAUCCACCUCCUUUUGCACCUGGCUACUAGAUAAAAGCAUAAAGAUGGGUGGUGUUAUUAGAGCAUUUAUUUUAUUGUCAUUGAAUAGUGUCUCAUUGGUCUCUUUGUUGUGAUGUUCUUUUUCGCUAUGCUGCUUUUAAAUUUCUGUCACAACACAUUCUGAACAGAGGUUUGUCAUCUGGAAAAACCUGCUGGACAAUGUCAGAUAUUUUAAUAUAACAAUGACAGAAUGUGUUGUGCCUGUGGGCAUGAAUUUAAAUAUACUUCCAGAUUAUACUUCCUAAAUUCUGGUUAAGAAAAGAAAAGAAAAAACAUUGUAAAUAUUAGCUUUUUACUGUGGUUGGUCAAUAAAUGGACAGAUCAUACAUGAAA